CACUCGGCCGCUACAUGGGCGGCACGAUUCCGCGGCGAUAGGUAGGCGCGGCGCGGGUACACGGGUACGGCGAGUUCAGUCCGAGCUGCGCGAAAGAAGCCUGCCGAGGCAGCAUCGCUUUUCCUCCGUGUUGUUACUGGCGCCGCCGUCAGCCGCCGGAAAAGCACAGGCGAAAGACAUUUGCACACUUCUUGUACUCCUCGCAGUGUGAAAAUUCCCGGGGUUUCGUGCGCCGCGCUCGCGAUUGUUUGUAUCGGCGGUGGGCGCCGUGGUGCCGUCGGCAGUCCCGAGUUCAAAUUGCGUCGCCGCUAGUCGCGCUCGGGCCGCUCUGCCGUGUGUGUGGCGCGUAGAGCGACUUGCGGUUUGUCGAGUUAUUCAAGGUGUACCUGUGUAGUACGCUCCGCGCGCGCGUCAAGCGGGGCGAAACAAAAGUGUACCUGCUCGCGCGCCGACGACGACUUAAGUCAACUCGGGCGCAAGCCCAGUUUGAUGCGCCCCUUCGUCGGUGGAUGUGGACGCGCGUGUGAGUGAGAGUGUGCGAGAUGGCCCUCAACCAGGAGGAGAAGCAGGUGGUGCGCGUCGACAUGGACUCGGAGAUCGAGCUGCAGGCGCUCUUCGAGAGUUCGCUCAAACCGGACGCAAAACGACCACUACAAGUACCCUGGAGCAUGAGGAAGAUGCCGGACUCGUUCUUCCGGCCGCCAUCGACAGGCAGCAAGAGCAUCAAUCACUCACGCGAGAAUUCAGUGGAUUCGGCAUUUGAUAGUGGUUCAAGUGGUGCUGCCGCCCCUGCGAAUCCAUCCGCUGGUAAUCAUCAUCGUGCACACAGCUCGCCGGCAUCCCUGCAGCAGACUUAUGCAGUCGGUCAGCAAGCACCACCGCCAGCCGCCCCAGCGCACUCGCAUAUGAAACAACGCUCGUAUGAUGUGGGAAAUAAAACCGAUGUGAGCCAGCAGCCGCUGCCGCCUGGUUGGGAGCAGGCCCGCACGCACGAGGGGCAGAUCUACUACUUAAAUCACAUCACACGCACCACCACUUGGGAAGAUCCCCGCAAGACGCUCGCCGCUCAAGCUGCGCAGCAAGCACAGGCGCAACAUGCUAGUGCUGAACAAUUGUUGACCAACAGUCAUCCGGUGGUUGCUACACCACAACAACCCUCACCAUCACCACCAUGUGCAGCAGGUGGCAAGACUGAUGUAGAUAUUGGACCACUCCCAGAGGGUUGGGAGCAGUCCUCGACAGCAGACGGUGAAGUCUACUUCAUUAAUCAUCAAACACGCACGACUUCCUGGUUUGAUCCGCGAAUACCGCAACAUCUACAACAGAGAUCUCCAGGUGGUACAAUGUUAACCCCACAACACUGGGGCCCUAAUCCAUUGUCACCCUUGUCGCCGUUGUCCUCCACCGCCAAGUCUCAACAAAUGCGUUUGCAUCUCUUGCAAUUGGAGCGUGAAAAAUUGAAACAGCGACAGCAGGAAAUCCGCCGUCAGGAAUUAUUGAUGGUGAGGUCAAGCAGCGGGGAGUUGCCUAAUAUGGAUCCCUUCCUGCCGAGUCUCUCGGACCACUCACGGCAGGAAUCCGCUGACAGUGGGCUAGGUAUGGGUAAUUCAUACUCAAUGCCGCACACCCCUGAAGAUUUCCUUGCUAAUAUGGACGACAGUAUGGAAGUAAGCAGUGACAGCCACAGCCACAUCAUGGAAACAACCGAUAUCUCAUCGCUGAGUGAUCAGAUUGAUUCCACGGAUGAUUUGGUGCCGACACUGCAGCUGGGCGAAGAGUUUGCCAGCGCCAUCUUGGACGAUGUUAGUGAAUACAUUGUCUAAGAUGGCGGGCAAUGCACACGCCCUAAUAAUGGCAGCUAAACGAGUGCAAUCUUACUUUGAAUCCCCUUUGUAUUAUCCUAAAUCUAAUCCUCAUCCCCCUCCACCAUACUCUGAAAUUCUGUGAUUUCACACUGACAUACGCCGGCGCUGCCCGUUUCGUCACGCGUACGAAAUGUAUUAAUAACGGCGCAGUGUGUGCGGAACACGUAUAUUAAUCGGAUAUACUCGACUGAUAUCUAUUAUUUAUACGACGCGCAAUUUGAUGACGAGAGUAGUGGCCUUAAUCCCGAAAGUCGGCUGUUCUUCAACUUUCGGGAGCGAACGCAAAAGCAAUAAUCAACAUAACCACAAAACUCAAGAAUGCUCAUUUGACUCAAGCAAAAGCAAUGAUUCGAUUCGAACGAAAUCCAUCCAUGAUUUGGUGCCUUAUAUAAAUAUUUUAUCGAUAGAUGCUAAGCAAAUUUAUUUCUAGAUGUAUCGUGUCGUUGUGUGUCGGCCAUCUUGGACGACAGUUGUAUUUGUAAAUAUCUAUUAUCUCAAACACACAUUUUUGCAAUACUGAAGUGCUAUCAUAAUCAUAUCGUAUACAUAGCGAGAACAUAAUUAAUUUUUUUUCAUACAUACAGUGUGUUUACGUUUAGUUAUCGUUUAUUGUAUAUGUGUCGCGGUAACAAUAACAAAAUAGCGCGUAUUUUAUCAUUUGUUCACGGUGUUGGUACAAAACUUGUCUCAUUGACCACGCGAUUACUUAUGUUUAGGGAGAGAGAGAGAGAGAAGGACGAGGCGAAAUAUUUGUUGAUCUUAUUAUUGUGACGAUGAGGAGCCGGAAUUAUCAUUGCUCUUUUAUUGUAUCUAAUCUUAAGCGAUAAGAAUUUAUUCGAUGCGUUUGAAAAUCGCAGCAUAUUGUAUUAUUAAGUGUGUAUAUACAUAUUAAAACAUAAUAUUUA